AUAAAAAAUGGUUUCAUUAGCUUCUGCAGUUUUUGGUGUGUGCUUUCUAGUGUUUUUUAGUAUAGGUAAUGCCAAAUAUUCAACAUUGAAAUACUUCAAUGUCAAGGAUUAUGGUGCAGUUGCUGAUGAAAAGACUGACAAUAGUCAGGCAUUUAUGAAGGCGUGGUACGACGCUUGUCAUUGGAAAGGAGGUGUUGUUGUUUAUAUCCCACAUGGGACUUACUACUUGAAACAAGUUUCAUUUGUAGGUCCAUGCUGGAGUUUUAUGAGAUUUAUAAUAAAAGGGGUUCUAAAAGCUCCAACAAAUCCAUCAUUGUUCAAUACAAAUACUUGGAUUGGUUUCCGUUAUAUAGAUGGGCUAGUUGUUAAAGGUGGUGGCUAUUUGGAUGGACAAGGUGCUUCUGCUUGGCCAUAUAAUGAUUGUUCUAAAAAUCCCAAAUGUAUGACUCUUCCUGUGAGCAUGAGAUUCGACUUCGUGAAGAAUUCAAGAAUCCAUCAUUUGAGAUCAAUCAACAGCAAGAACUCACACAUAACCCUCUUUGCCUGCCACAAUAUUAACAUAAGUUAUAUACGAUUAACAGCUCCAGAUGAGAGCCCCAACACUGAUGGCAUUAAAAUUGGAGUAUCAACCAACAUCAAAAUUUCAAGAACUGUCAUUCAGACAGGUGAUGAUUGUAUUGCCAUGGUCACAGGAAGCAAAAACAUCGACAUAUCCGAUGUUACAUGUGGACCUGGACAUGGAAUUAGUAUUGGUAGUCUUGGUGGAUCCCCUGGAGAAAUUGUUACAGGGAUAAAAGUGAGAAAUUGCACAUUUAUUGGUAGUCAAAAUGGUGUAAGGAUCAAAACUUGGGCACCUUCUUCGGCAAGUGUGGCUUCUGAUAUAUACUUUGGUGGCAUUUACAUGGAACAUGUCUAUAAUCCGAUAUUGAUCGAUCAACAAUAUUGUCCAAAUCCAUCUUCUUGCAGCGACCUGGCACAGGACAACUCGAAAGUACAAAUAAGCAAUGUGACAUUCAGUAACAUAUGGGGUAUAUCUAAAUCAAAAGUUGCAGUCACUUUAAAAUGUAGCAAAUUGGUGCCUUGUAAGAAUGUGCAGCUUGACAAUAUCAACUUGAAAUACCAUGGACGAGGAGGACCAGCCACAUCUUCGUGUUUGAACGUGAUUGGUGAUUCUUACGGAAGACAAUCUCCCCCUAGUUGUUUGUGAUUGAAUUUUAUUUUCUCGAUUUCAUUUUCUGUUGGUGUACUUGGCUGAGGAAUAAACUCAGGCUGUAUAAACUAGUUGAUGUUUAGGAUAAAACAUGUUUACUUUUAACAGUACUUAGUGUUUCGAUUUGAUGUUUUUAAAGUAGCAAUGUUGCAUACGACAGUUCAGAGAAACAGAAUUCUGAUUUCUCAAAACAUGUUUCUGUUUUUUCAUAUUUGGAUGCAAUAGAAUUGGCAAAGUUUCCACCU